CCACUGGAACAGUUUUUCACAGGAACUGAAUAUUACACCACACCUGUUAGCGCCACAGCGACAGGUGUAACGCAGUAACCCGGAAAUACGACAGACGAAAACAACAGGAAUCUUCUUACUGAAGUCAUGGAUAAGAACAUACAACAGGAUUUUGAGAACCAGUUCAAUGAUGUGGUCUCAAGACUACAAUCAAAGAAGAUGUUUCAGUCGGACUGGGACAUUGCCUCUUUCGCAGUUUUCUUCAUCUUUAUAGGCAUGGUCCUGUUGCUGGUUAUCUUGGUUCUCAUCCGCUGCUGUUGCUGCUGCUGCUGUGAUGAGAAGCCAAGAAGACAGAAGGUGGGCAUCGACAAUAUGGGAAUGGAGCCGUGAUCUUCCAGAAACAACAGGCACCAUUACAUCUAUUGUUUUCCUAUCAGUUUUGCCACCUAAUCACUAUUUAUAUGUGAACAAGUAAAAUAAUGGAGGUAGGAGAAAAAUAUUUUAGGUAGAUACUUCCUUAUAGGGAUGAUAAAAGCAAAAACCUUCCCCUACGGUGUAAAAAUACAGCUAAUAUUUACCCAGGAAAUCACAUGAUUGAAGUUACAUUCCAUUAUAGAUACCAGAUCCACUUCAUCAGAGAGAACACAGAUUUUUAUAUACAAGCAUGCUCACCAGUUUUGAAGACAUUGGUUACUUUCUGGUUACACACUUUAUUGAAGCAACUUUCCUGGAUGGAAAUGAACUUGUUUUUAGUUGUCCAUUGAACAGUUUGUUUAAUCUGUUAAUCUUGUACCUGACUGUUAAGACUGAAUCCACUUAGCCUACACCUUUUCACUGAAUUAGCCUUGUCCAAGAUUUAAGUGUUUUUAGUAGAUUUCUUUCAAAUGCUUGACUUUUAAAUCGGAUUAUAUAUAUAUUAGAAUACAGAACCUACACACUACAGAAGAUAAAAAAAGAAAGAAAGAAAAAAGUUUAAACUUGACUGAUGAGACUUCUCAGAUUUUAGAAAAUGUAAACAGAUAAGCGAUGCUUUACUUGUGAAAACUAUACCUUAGAAAAAUGAGUAUCUAUAUUUGUUUAACUUUUUUAAUGUACCACAUUGUUUGUAUAAAUUUUAGACUUUGUAAACAAAAAAAAUAGAUACAUACCUUCAAAUGAACAGCAUAUAGCAAAUAAAAUGUACCUUUGCCUAAAUAUCAAACAUGGUACUUUAUUUAGACAAUGGCAUUGGAUCAUUUAUUCAGUGUAAAGAAUUUUGAGAAAUGGGACAAGAGCAAAGUAAGGUUCAUAAUGUUCAUAGUACGUUUAUUGCACAAAAUAUUCCAUAUUAAGCGUGAAAUAUACAUAAAUAGCUUAGGUUUUACUUAAACAUGAAUCAAUAAUCAAAUGAACAUGCAUGAAAUCAAUAAGGACGCAAAUCAAGUGCAUUUAACAUGAAAUAAAUAAAAAAUGUAGCAAUAAAUAAAACAAAGCUGACAAAGUUAAAUAACUUUCUGUAAUGAUCUCAAACCCUGAACGGCAUCUGAACUAUCGCUCAACAUGUUGCUUUUCAUCAUGGAAUGAUGCUUAUUAAAAACGCUGAACUCGGCUCCAUAAGCAGCCAUCCACAGGAAUGCGUGUAAUUUUUAUGGAAUUAUGGAAUAUGAAGCCCUGACAUGCUCACUGUUAUCUGUCAUUUAGUGUUAAUAUAGUCACACCACAGUUGAGUCACAAUGGCAAAUACACUAUUGGUCAUUAAUGCACAUUCAUAAGCAUAUGCUAAUGGUCUCAAUGCUUUCACUUUUCUGCACCGAUGAUAGUCCCUGGCAUCAGAUAAUGUUCAAGUGUUAAAUGUUACAACCCCCUGGACUAAAA